ACUCAGAGACAACUCAGUUCUUUUCCAUAUUUCAAAGCUAUUCAAAUAAAGAAGAUUCGAAAACUUCACUGCAUAUAUAUUUCGAAAAACAAAAAUGGCCAGUUCGAAAUCUAUUUUAGUCAUUGCCUUUUGCGGACUAUUCGCAUUAGCCAUGGCACAUCCAUUAUUGGAGGAGUCAGCGCUGGGUGAUCAAGAUGCCACCGUUUAUCUUGUAGAUGACCAGAACUGGAUUGAAGGAGAUCCUUCAGAGCUGCUCGUACGUCAUGUGCGUUCACCUUCUUCUUCUGAGGAUUCUUCAAAGGAAAAUAAAGGCAGAGGCAGAUUUGAACUAAAAUACGAGGAGACGGAGAGAGGACGUGAGGGAAGUUUCAAGUACAAUCACAAUUUGCUAAAAAGCGACGACGACAGUUAUAGUAUCGACGCCUAUGCACAGGGCAGACGCAAUUAUGAUUGGAAUCAAAACGAUUUCCAGGGUGGACUGGAAGGACGUUGGAAUUUUAAGGGUUAAUGAAAUAAAAGAAAGUUAAUUAUAAACUUAUAAAUAUGUAAAUGAAAAUAAUUCGCUUCGCAUGAAAUUAAAAUAAAUUU